CGUCGACGCUGCUGGGCGCAUCGGCCGAGGAUGGCUUCGAGGCCCUGCGCCGGGCCCAGCGCGCCGCCGAGCUGCCCCUCGAUCCGUUUGACUCGCCCGAGAUGCCCGAGCUGGCCUCUGAGGACGACGACGAGGAUGAUGAAGGCGGCCUGUAUGCGCAUGGAGCUGGCAGCAGCAGCAGCGCCGGCAGGGCUGCUGAUGCACAGACGACGCCCGUGCCUGCGAAGCGGUACAUCAACCGGCAGGGCUUCUUUACCCAGACGCGGCCGUCCUUUGGCCCCAUUGGCUCGUCUGUCGGCGUGAGCCAGAGCCAGAGCCAGUCCCAGUCCCAGUCCCAGUCCCAGUCCCAAGGACUUGCUCUCGGUCUAGGUUCCGGUCUCGGCCACGGCGGCACUGGACACUCAGGCCUAGGGAGUGCGGCGCGGAACGAGGCGUCGAGCAGCGACGGGGAGCGGCGGAGCAGUCUGAUGGAAGAAGACGACGACGAGAAGCGAGAAGAGAGUGAUGCAGAGGCGCAGCAGGAUGCAGCCAAGCCAAAGGACGCAUGGCAGGUGCUGCGCAUGGCUGGCCGUCGCCCUCGACCUGCGCAUGAGGAAGAAGACGACGAGCAGCAGAAGUUGCAGGAAGAGAGGCACAAGAGACGAAAACUCAAGAGGAGCGCGUUCGUCGAGGGCGAGGCUGUCGAGUCGGACGAGGACUCGGACGGCGAGACUGGCCGCCGGCGGGGCAAGGGAGGCGGCCUCGGCGGCGUCUUUGGCGACGCUGGCUCGGGAUCUUCAGCCAAUGGCUCGGAUGAGGAUUCGGACGACGACGACGACGACGGCGCGGACCUUGAGGACCUCGUCGACGAGAGCGCCGAUGCCGACGAGGCAGAAAAGGACGAGCUGGCGCGCGCGCGCUUCCGCCUCGACGUCGAGGCCGACGACGAAAAGACGCGGGCGCUGCACGAGAAGGCGACCAAGGGUGGCCUGCGCCACCGCCGCCGGCGCCACGGUGCAGGCGCGGCGGGGCUCGACGACAUGCUCGACGAGGACUUUGAGGACGAGGACCUGUGGAGAAAGGCGGCGAAUCCGUAUGGGUCAGCGGCGAGGGCGGCGGCAGCGAAGCGCAAGCGCAAAGUCGACGGCGACGGCAUGGAGGCGCUUAUGGAUGACGACGAGGCGCGGGCAUUUGUCAGGGCCUACGACGAGGCGCGCGGCCUCGAGGGCGAGAAGAAUGCCGAGGCGUACGCCUUUCUCGCUGGCGCAGACGACGACGACGAUGACGAAAAUAGCGACAACGACGAUGACGGCGAUGAUCGCGAGGGAGAGGUCGAGUCGGGCGAAGAGAGGCUGACGAGGCGCGAGCUCGAGCGCGAGGUGCGUGAGCGUGCGCGGCGGAGGAAGAUGCGCCUGGACGAGGACGAGGACCGGGACAAGGAGGAGAAGCAGGGUCACAAGGACAAUGCCGACGACCGGGACAGUUCAGACGACGAGGAAGAGGACAGGAUCCUGACGAGGAUGCGCGACCGUCUGGCGGAGAUGAACGAGCGCGACGGGGCGCGACGCACGGCGCAGAAGAAGAAGGCGCGGGCGGCGCAGCUGUUUGGCAAGAGGCCCACGGCUCUCGACGGCGGUGGAGAAGAUGAGCAAGCGGACGGUGACGACGACGACAUGGAAGACGACGAAGAAGAAGAAGAGGAAGAGGGAGACCUCGGCCUACUCUCGCGCGCGGCAAGGCACCGGCCAAAGACGGAGGCUGAGCAGGCACGCUGGGCGCGCAUCGCCAAAGAGUACGCGAGCGAGGCCGACUGGCGCGCGCGGGCAGAGGCCUCGCUGAGCAGCGGCCGGGGCACAGGCGGCGGCGGUGGCGGAAGUGUGACGGGCCUCGGAAAGAGGAUGUCUGCCUCGGCCUCGUCGUCGUCCUUGCAAGUCAGGACCUCGAGUAGCAGCAGCAGCAGCGGCGGUAGCGGCAGCGCGGUGGCAGCAGAAGCAGGACGACGGUCAAUGACAAAGUCGGCCUCCACCGUCAGCAAGCUCGGCGUGCUUCUCAAAAAGGACAGCCAAUUCAGCCAGAGCCAGGAGGAGCUGCUUUGAGGAAGUUCAACCUUGGUGUGCGCAAUCUCGUUUCCUCAUCCACUUUGUAGACAGACAAUUUCGAUCCAUGAUAAUACUAGAGCUGUUGUGGUAGUGGAAGAGAUGUAGUGGCAAGAAGUAAAAGUACAGUACAAGACAAGACAAGCGAGGGUGGCGUAUGUGUGUGUCAGAUGUCGACGUAGCCGCCAACAUCUGCGCCGCCACGCUGCUCGCCAAAGGACCCAAAGGCGUACUGGCCCCCGUUGGCGCCGGCCGAGGCUGCGUUGGCCUGGGCUGCUGCUGCUGCCGCGG